AGUUAUGAAAUCGGUAUCAUAACAAAACACUUUUGAUUGACAAUUUGACCGAAGUCUGAAAUAUUAAAAACUUGAAAGAUUAGAAACAAGUUGAUUAAUAGUUAAGUCGGAAUUUUCCCCAAACAACUCCACUGUAUUUGUCUACUUGAGGUUCUCAUGUCUUGAGCAAUGGCUACGAUAGCUGCCGUAGAAUUCAAUAGCUGGCCGGCUCAUUACAACUUUCCUCCAUUUUUUACGUAUUUUAAGAAUAAUUUACAACCUAAUCGAGAAACCCAGGCAAAGCAGUUAUCAAUCUGGAUUCAACUAAUUAAAGACUAUGCUUCCAAGACUCGGCUGUUUUCUAUAGACCACAGCCACCCCAUUUUCACAAAUACGGAAAUUUCUCGAAGUUUGACACAGGAGGGAAUCAGUACCAUUUUUGACGAAAUGAUUCGCACGUCCCAGGGCGAAUAUGUUGAUGCAUCAAAAAAGGACAGGAUUUUCAUCUGGUGGCAGAGCAAGGAGGUGUGGGCUAAGGUAUUGAUGCAGUCGGCGGAAAAAGGUGGGCUUCUCAAUAGCGUCGCCACCAUUUACGAACUUCUCAACGACCACACCCCCUUGGAAGGGAUGGAGGAGGCCAUGCUGGUCAAAGUCCUCAAAGUACUCGAAGCAUCAGGCAAGUGCGAGGUCAUGGGAGGAGCUGCUGGAGGUUCAGUGGAAGGUGUCAAGUUCUUCAUGUGAUAUUACUAGUUACCAGCACACAGAAUAAACUUAUUUUAACUAGUUAAAUAAAUGUAUAUGGAAUAUUUC